GUACCGCUCCCAGAGCCGCUCCCGAUCCCGGAGCCGCUCCCAGAGCCAAUCCCGGAGCCGGUCCCGAUCCCGGAGCCGCUCCCGGUACCGCUCCCAUUCCCGGUACCGCUGCCGGUUCUCGCCCCGCGGAGCAGCAGCAGCAGCAGCAGCAGCGGCUUCAAAGUGAAAUUCCGGAGGAAAUUUAAAGAGCAUCCGGAUCCGGAGAAGGAGAGAAAGAAAGAGGAAGGGGCAGAAGGAGCCGGAGGCGAGCGCGGAUCGCGGAGCGGCUCCCGGCGGGGAUGGGGGAAUGAAUCCCUGUGAAUUCCAGCAGGAAGGAGCCCCAGAGGAGCUGAGGGAGCCCUGAGGAGGAGCUGCUGGAGGAGGGGACACCCCAAUAACUGCCCGGGCCUGUGGCCUCCUGCCCUUUACUAACAAAUGUCAACAGCUCGGGAGCAGCCGAUCUUCAGCACCAGGGCUCACGUUUUCCAGAUCGACCCCGCCACCAAACGGAACUGGAUCCCGGCCAGCAAACACGCCCUGACCGUCUCCUACUUCUACGAUGCCACCCGCAGCGUCUACAGGAUCAUCAGCGUGGGGGGAACCAAGGCCAUCAUCAACAGCACCAUCACCCCCAACAUGACCUUCACCAAAACAUCCCAGAAAUUCGGGCAGUGGGCCGACAGCCGAGCCAACACCGUCUACGGGCUGGGCUUCGCCUCGGAGCAGCACCUGUCACAGUUUGCAGAGAAAUUCCAGGAGGUGAAGGAAGCAGCUCGUUUGGCCAGGGAGAAAUCCCAGGAUAAAACAGAGCUGACCAAUCCUGCCCUGAGCAUCACAUCCCACCAGGUGCUCCCCAGCCCCAUCAUCAGCUCCAAUGGGCCGGGAGAGGAUAAAUUGUUCCGGAGCCAGAGCGCGGACGUGGAGAUAAGCACGGAGAAGGAGAGGCUGAAGAAGAUGCUCUCGGAGGGCUCCGUGAGCGAGGUGCAGUGGGAGGCCGAGUUCUUCAGCCUCCAGGACAACAACAACAAGCUGGUGGCCGCUCUGCACGAGGCCAAUGCCAACGUGGACCAGUGGAAGAAGCAGCUGCUGGCGUACCAGGAGGAGACGGAAUCGCUGCGCCAGCGGGUGGCGGAGCUGGAGUCGCAGGGGACGCAGGAUUCCUCCAGCGACAACAACAAGGAGGAGCUGAGCCAAACCCUGGAGGAGCUGGAGCUGCUGCUCAAGGCUAAGGAUGAGGAGAUCCAGAUGCUGAAGAGCCAGAAGUGCGGCCGCUGGGAGGCCGAGGGGGAGCGCGAGGAGACGCUGCAGAAGCUGCAGGAGCUGGAGGCCCGGAACGCGGAGCUGGAGCAGCGCCUUCACCUGGCUGAGCAGACCCUGGCAGAGAGCCUGGCCGAGAGGGAGAAGAUGCACAGCGAGGUCACCAAGGUGGCCGAGAUCAUGGAUGUGAAGAUCUUCGAGCUCAGCGAGCUCAGGCAGGGGCUGGCCAAGCUGGUGGAGAGCAACUGAGCAGCUCCAGAGGCGGAGGAGCCCCCCCGGAGCAGGGGCAGCCCCAGCUGGGCCCGGGCACCGACAGCUCCUGAGGGCACGGAGCGGCCUCAGCGCCUGGCCGGGCAGGAUUUGCCACCCCACCAGCAGCUGCCUGCACAGAGUGGACACCAGAGCAGCCACUCGCUGCCCAGCCAGCCCCCAGAGCAGGGCACAGAGGACUUGAGCUCCUGAACUCUCUCCAGGGAGCACCCAAGUCCUCUCCAGGGAGCACCUGGACCCCCAAA